ACACGUGGGGGAGCCAUAGCCACCAUAUGAAGGAAUCGGCUAGUACGGGAAAAGUCACGUGCGUAGCGGCUUCAGUUGCCAGUGUUACGUCCUGACGUCACCGAACGUCUUACAGUACACGGCACGGUGUUUGCUGAAAACGGAGAAAGCACGGGAAGAAUCCUAAAAAAUGUAGCAAAUCUUAUAGAUGGUGGUGAUUGCGGAUUAUAGCCUGAGGCUGAUAUUCUCACUCGGAGAUCUGCUGCAGUCAUACAAUAAAGAACCAGGAAGUAAGGAGCUUAGUUCCGAGCAUACCCCCCUACUUGUGAGAUACAGACAAGGAAUCCUGGGACAAUACGGACACAUGGCUUCUGAGGAGCCUCACUCUGAAGCAGAUCAUGAGGCUAAACAACCAGUUGAGGACACUGAGCCCAGUACACUACUCUUCGAAACAACAGACAAGUAUCCUGUUCAAGAUACAGCACUUCCAAAAGUGACUGUUACAAACAAUACUCCUAUAGAGGACAGUUGUCCAACAGAUAACAUUAUAAUGGAGGAUCCAGUCCAUCUCAUGCCUACCACAAUACCUGACUCUGAUAGAAUAAAGCAACCAGAAGAAAAUGACUGUCCUGUGACAGCUAUAAAUGCUCUGUCAGAUUUAACUAAUUCAUACAAAGAAAACAGUGAAACCAAAUUGUCCCCAACAAUAAGUGAUUUGCUAGAUGAUGAGGAUCUGCUGUAUACUCUGAAGAUAAAAUUGGAUCCAUGCCAUCCUACAGUGAAAAACUGGAGAAAUUUUGCUAGCAAGUGGGGAAUGAGUUAUGAUGAAUUAUGUUUCCUGGAGCAGAGGCAGCAAAGUCCAACCAUUGGUUUCUUGCUACAGAACAGUGAGAGGACUGUGGACCAACUGAUCGACUUGUGUAAACUCUAUAAAAGGGUUGAUGUUCAGAAAGUCUUGCUAAAAUGGGUCAAUGUGGAUUGGCCAAUGAGGGUCCAUAAAAUGUACAGGAGCAGUGUGUGAUCGCAGGGAGUCUUGUGGACUGGGGAUAUCAUUUAGCAUUGCUGAAUGUCUAAUUCAUUCAUGACUUGAUUGUAGUAUCUGUUGGCCAGGGAAAGCUUUGGCAAUUUUAUAGAAGGAAAUAAAACAGAAUGUAAACAGUAGAGUACAGUAAGGACAAUUUAAUCUCUGUCCCCAUUUUUCCUAUGGGCGGAGGUGGGAGUUUUUAUUUUUUUUUAUUUUUUAUAAUGAGGCAGAU